AAUUGCACUCAUGAGCCAAACGUUUAGAAUUUGCACCAUCGGGAGCAUUUGAUUAAGACAACCAAUAAUUCUCUGGCUAUUAAUAAUUUUUGUUUGCGGGGUUGCUUUGUAUAGUUGACAGCAUGCCCUCCCGGCUCAUCUCUGGGCUAUUGCUGCUGGCCGGCGCUGCAAAUGCGCUGAAUUAUGUGAUUUUCGGCUUGAACUCUGUGCGAUCGAACAGUGUAUUUCCGGUGUCAGUUUUGGUUGUUAACACAACAUCCGAUGUGCACGUUAAUAUGACGCUACUCGGUUAUCGUUCUGGGUCAUCUGUCAAUGCCAAUUCCACUGAUCCGUCUCGUCAUUUUGAUUUUGAUCCUGAAGGCAGCGGUUUGUCGUUUACGACAUCAGCUGUUAUCCAAGCUGACGUUCUUACGCGGGUCGAUAUAAAAGUUGGUGACUUCUCGGGCCUCGCAACGCCAGUUGCACGGUUAAUCGUCAGUAUUUCCGACUCGACGUACUCUUUCACGGGUUAUGUGGCACCAGUGGCGUUAGACAACGCAACCACGGAAAAGAAGGACGCGCCUGUAAAGCGCACUGGCGAACCCCUGUUCCAGAUACAAAUGGACCAGCCAUACUAUAAAGCCAAAGAUAUGGUCCGGUUUCGCGUAUUGACAGUGGAAUCUGUGGAGGAUAAACUACAGCCACUGUUCGUUCCAUUUAUUGUGCAAAUUUUGGACACACAGCGUAAUGUAGUGAAGGAGUUCAAUAACCCCAACAAUUCCGAAGCAGUGGGUUACUUCGCUGGAGAGAUGCCGCUGUCGUCGAAUCCAUUGUACGGCACGUGGACAAUCCGCGUGGUCAAUGCUUCCUGUGAUGAAGUAAACGCAUGUGAGAAAGAUGUUCUGGCCAACAAAGAUUUCUUCGUUGUGGAAGCCGCGACUCCAAGGUUUGCUGUCAAGAUUGCUACUAACAAAACCUACAUCGUCCCGUCGGUUGACGAAGAAAUCCGAUUUCAGCUCACAGCGAACUACACAUCUGGAGACCCUGUCACAGGGAUCUUUGACGUUGCCGUGACCUUUAAGAGAUGGUUUGGCCCAUAUGUGGACGGCUACGGAAAAACUGAGACGACACUAAUACGCAAGUCGAUAUCGACGCAUAACAACGGAGCAGUGACUGUUUCCGUUCCACUAAAAGGAGCGCUAAACAACACCCGACCGUAUUACCACAACGCAGUGAUAAUUCAAGUAAAUUUUACCGAAGCGACUACCGGUCUCAAGAAAAACGCUACGUCGGCUGUCAUACCCAUACAAACUGGACCGUAUUAUGCUAAAUUUAAACCAGAUACCGGAACGUUUAUGCCCGGUUAUCCCUACCUUUUGAAGGCGGUCAUAACGGAUAACGAAGGACGUCCACCACCCUCAGGCCGAAAGGCACUGAUUAUUGCAACAUCGGCCAAUGUCUCAGCAUGGCAGUGGCAGAUUGUUUCUCUCCACGGCGAUGCGGCCUGCUUAAAGCUGUCUUUUUCGAGUCUAUACGGUUCUCAGUAUCCGGACGGUUACUCGCAUUGGAGCCAAUAUGGAGCUGUCUUCGGUCUUCAGCCCAUUAAGCUUGGCUUCGGCUUUGGGAUGAAUGCAGGAGGUCUCUUUAAUAGCGGCUCAAAAGGAUACAACAGGAAAAAGCGCGACCUGGGUCCUUUCUUACAACACCGUUCCACCACCUGUCACUACCUCCCGACUAUUCUAUCAGCCGACGUGGCUGCCGAUGGAACACUGAACAUCAGUAUACCAACGCCAAAAACAGCCGAUGCCAUGAAUAUUGAGGUCUCUUAUGAUUUUCACUCACCGCAGACCAGGAUGGUCUACGCAAGGGAGUCCGCCAGCGGCAGUUUCUUAGAUAUUACUCCGGCUUCUGUCGAUCUGUUUGCCGGCCAAGUGGCAGAGUUUGUUAUUGACACAACGACACGACUGGACGAGGUUAUUCAUAUCGUGGUGUUGUCUAGUUCGAAUGCAGGCUUCCUAUGGAGCGAUACGGUUUUUACGCCUGGCCAGCGGGUUAUUAUCUCUGUGCCGCUUGGGAAUGCGAUCGGCCCUGCGGGUCGUCUUAUUGCGUAUUAUGUCAGGCAGGACGGCGAAAUCGUAGGCAAUAUCAUGCCACUACAAAUUUCAGCUGAUCUUUCGGGAAAAGAAGUAACGUUGUCCGUAACAUCCAAGAACGAUCUAUCAUCUGUUCAACCAGGCGAAAAGGUUAUCGUAAAAGCAAAGACUGCUCCACUGUCUUUGGUAGCCUUCUUGGCCAAGGAGGAAAGCCGGACAUUGCUGAAGACGGACGGCGAGAUAUCAACGACCAUUAUCCGCAAAGCUCAUUUGAGCCAAAAGCCUAGUCGCCGGCUUUCGAUAGCAGAUUAUUUUACGAAACCACUUGAUGCCGGCAGAGUGCAACACUGACCAACACUAAAAGUUCCGCGUCCGAUCCCGGGAUCGAUGUACUAGUAGAGCCUCGCGCUAGCUGUUUUUGUCCCGAUGCAGAAU